ACCGUGUGAAAGAGGAUUAGUAAACAGCAGAAGGCUAACGGGUCAUUUGGUCUUGGUUGGAUGAAAUUUGUUUUCUGCUUCUUAUAAUUUCUCAAAAUGCCAUUAUUUAUAAACCGAGACCAAAUUUUUGCUCACCAGGUACAUUUACUUGAACACAAACUUCGGAGUAAAGAGGAACGUAUUUUGGAGCUGGAGACUGAAAAUGCUCUCCUCCACCUGAGACUUGCGGAGUGUCUGGGCAAACUUCGCAGAGAUAAUGAAGACAUUCUUCAAGCCCAGAAGCACCACCAGCACCAGAAACAUGUGCAGGAAAGCACACAAACUGCUCUAGCUAAGCUUCUCUCUGAAGUCCAGGUGCUGAAGCAGGAUCUACGUGAUGUGUCUGCCGUGUAUGUGAGCUGUGCCACUGAGCUGGAGGAGCACAGCAGGGAGCUCCAGAUGAGAGUUGGCGCUGCCAGCUGUGCCCCUCAGGGAGACGCGGGCGAAAUACAGGCCUUGCAGGCUCAAGUGGAUGCUCUGCAGCACUCCCUACAGGAAGAGAAGGAGAGGUGCAAGGCAGAGAGGUUGAGGAGGAAGCUUCUCCACAAUGCUCUGGUUGAGCUGAGGGGGAACAUCAGAGUUCACUGUCGGGUGCGUCCAGUUCUGCCCUUUGACAGUGCACCAGGACAGUCAGCCUCAGGGACUGGAGAAGCUGUACUCACUCCUGUUGUUCUACCUAGUUCCACAUUAUCAGAGGAGGUUGUACACGCAGUCAAUGAUGACUCUGUUCUUGUGAACUGUUCCAAAUCUGGGGCCUCAGCGAUGAGCAAAAUGUUCGAGUUUGAGAGGGUACAUGGUCCGGAGGACUCCCAAGAAAAUGUUUCUGAUGAAGUGAAGCCGCUGUUGACCUCUCUGCUGGAUGGGUACAAUGUGUGUAUUAUGGCAUAUGGUCAGACGGGCAGUGGGAAGACACACACGAUGAUCGGAUCUCAGACUGAGGACCUCAUGGGACCUGAGGGAACCCCACUACAGGGUAUCAUCCCCAAAUCAGCUGCAGAGCUCUUCAGGUUGAUCUCAGAGAAGCCGGCUGAGAGCUACACAGUGGAGGUGUCGGUGGUGGAGGUGUACAACAACGAGGUGUUCGACCUCCUGUCCAAAGACGGCGAAGGCGGGGCCGCGGGGGUGAAGAGGGACGUGAUCACCACCAGCACGGGCACCAGUGAGGUGCCUGCUCUCACCUACGAGUUGGUGUGCAGCUCAGCGGAUGUGAUGCAGGUGCUCAGCGCCGUGCUCAGGCUCAGAGCCCGCAGCCCUACCCUGGUCCACAGAGACUCCUCCCGCUCCCACCUCAUCGUCACGCUCACCGUCACCUCCAAGAGCCCCAAUGCCCUGGCGCUGGCUCGUAGGCUGCAGAGCGCCCGGAAGGACGUCCAGCGAUCGCACCAGAAGGAGUGGUGGAGCCCCCGCUGCCGUAGGGCCGCCUCCGGCCGCCGCAGGCUGGACGAGCAGUCGGCAAGCCCCGCCUCCUCCCCCUGCCACUCCCCCUGCCACUCGCCGUACCCCUCCCCCAGGCCGAGCAUCGCCCAGGCCCCCAUCAGGACCAAGCUGCAAUUGGUGGACCUGGCCGGCAGCGAAUGCGUGGGUAUGUCGGGGGUGACUGGAGCUGCCCUGUGGGAGACGUCCUGCAUCAAUCGCAGCCUCUCGGCUCUGUCGGACGUUCUGGGCGCGCUGGCCGAGCAGCGUCCUCACGUGCCCUACAGGAACAGCAAGCUGACGCAUCUGCUGCAGGACUCUAUCGGAGGAGAUGCCAAGCUGCUGGUGAUGCUGUGCGUCUCCCCCACGCAGAGGUUCCUGGCGGAGUCACUGCAGUCCCUGGGCUUCGGGACCAGGGCCCGGCAGGUGCAGAGAGAGCCUGCGCGGAGGAAGAACGCAGCCCUCAAGAUUAAACGAGUUUAAGUCCCAGUGGCCAAUGCGCUAUGUGCAUCCAUGAUGUAUACUACGACCUUGUAGAUGUUUCUUUUUUUCCCUCCCCUCUGAAACCACAAAUAGCAGACAAUAAGCCAUGCGCAGUUUAAAAGACAUAUGAAACCAAAUGCAACAGACCCUUAGGCUACGUUCACACUGCAGGUAGAAGUAGGCCAAAUCAGAUUUUUUCCCUCUGUGUGACACAGAUCUGUUUUUUCAGAACAGCUACUGUCAACGGUCCAUGUUAAAGGUGCGCAGUGCUAUUAUAGUCUGCACAGUUAGGUGAACAGGUGUCUCGUGCCAUAGCUGUUUUAUAUCAUGUAUUUUAGCACGGCUGAAACACUGUAUUGACCAAUCAGCAUCCAGGACCGGAACUAUCUGUUUUGUAAUUAUUAAAUGGACUCAUUUAAUAAUUAAAUGAGUCCUCAACAUCAACUUUAAAAUUUACAUAAAUUUGUUGACUUCCGUUUUGUUGUUUAUUUCUGCAACAUAGGCUAAUGUGUGGGCAGGUCAGGUGUGACAUCUUUUGUUAUUGUCAGUUUGCGCAUACGGGUCAUUUCAGGGGAGCAAUCAGUUCUCAAUUGUAUUGGAUAGGUCACAGUAAAAAAAUUAAUGUGAACAGCUGAAAAUAUAUAAAAAUCGGAUCUCGCAAUAACUAGGUAUGGAACACUAAGGCCUGCAGUGUGAUCAUAGCCUUAGAUUUGCUGACAACAUUACUGGGAGGACUAACCAUUUUAUAUAUGGCUGUCAUCAGCUAUUACUACAAAAAACUGAAAUGAAUGCUAAUUCACUGCCCUCCGUAAUGUGUGGCCAACACUUUUUCUCGAUUUGGCUCUGUACUCCACAAUUUUUGAUUUGUAAUCAAAUAAUUAAAAUGUGCUUAAAGUGCAGAUUCUCAGCAAAUACCUAUGAAACCAAAUGACUGACUAGUCUGGUCAGAUUAAAAAUAUCCAAAUGCAGUACAUAUGCGCUUAGCUCAGGUGUCCGUUAUUUAAAAUACCUGUAUUUUCUUCCAUUUAACUAUGGCUGAAUUUAUAUUGCCCCUCAGGAAUAGUAUGUGGGUUAUUGGCAGCAGCUUUGAGUAAUUGAGAUUUGCACCAACCUUCGUUUAUGAACAGUACAUUAGGAGAAAAAUUUUAUCAUUUAAGAAUUGGCAUUAACUUUUGCUUAAAAAUACUUUCAGGUCUGGAUGAACAUAGCCAAAAUUAGACUUAGAGAUGCCAUAUAGCAGUUAGGCUCUCUAUAUACGUAUAUGCUGUACAAAAAACCCCACAAUGCACUGCAGUUGUCAAGCCUUUAAGUCUUCUGAUGCACUGUUUUCACUGAACAGUAUACUAUUUUCAGCUGUGCGUACUCACAUCUUCCCUACAUGCUGUCUUGAGCCCUUGAGCUGAACUGAGCCCUCUGUUGUGUAAUAAUUAUUGAAUGGCUUUAGUAUUAUGUGUAUUGUUGAGGGGGUAGAUACAUUGUAGAUCUUUGAAACAUCACUAUCUUGGACAAAAAAAAAAAUGUUUUGAGUUUAUUAAUUUUCUUAGCAUAUGCCCUUUUGUGGAGUGAUUUUUAUUGCUUACAUUUUUCAUUCCAUCCAUAAGCUGCAUUCCUUCUACCAAGGUCUGGAGAGGUUCAGACAAAGAACCUCACUCAAGGAAGUAACAGCUGUGCCCUAGUCAGGAUUUUAUCCUACAACCGUUUGGUUACCUAUGAGGAUGUUGCUGGUUUAGGCUAAAUACUGCACAUUGUAAAUAAAGCUAGUGAAAUAUCGCCAAAUUAAAAGAACACUGUAUAGGUUGUUUUCAUAUUUCUGUCUUUAAUACAAUAAACAAGUAGGCUUUUCAAUGUGUG